CUCAGGACCGGAUUUCUCGGAAAUCGGAUUUCUCAGAAAUUGGAUUUCUCGGGAGUUGGAUUUCUCAGAAGCCGGAAUCCUCGGAAAUUGGAUUUCUUGGAAAAUGGAUUUCUCAGAAAAACCGGAUUUCUCGGAAAUCGGAUUUCUCGGAAAUUGGAUUUCUCAGAAACUGGAUUUCUCGGAGGACUUCGUGUGCCUACUACAGUGGGCCCGUCCAGGAACCCUUGGGGUCCAACGGGUUUUCAUCAUGUUGGGCUUGUCAGAUGGCUGGAGCAUACGUGCCACACCGCCGCCACCACCGCCACAGGCGGUAGUGGUCACUAUCGAGAAGCUCCAGAAGAACGGGGCUGAGGAAUUUCUAGGCGAUCAGAUCGCCGACCCCAUGAUCGCGAAACGGUGGUUUGAGCGAACCAUUCGGGUACUAGGGAACCUGAGGGUUCCGCAGGAGCAGCGUGGCGACCUCGCAGUUACCUUACUACAGGAUUCCGCCUAUGACUGGUGGAAACGCAAGUUUGACGAGCUCGCGGGGUUUGGGCAAGACCUCGUACCGACGGUGGAGAAGCGGUGCAAAUGCUUCGUGGAGGGCUUACGUCCUGACCUUUCAACUCAUCUGAUCAUUGCUCAACGAAGUGACAUCAACGCGUUGUACAAGAAUGCGUUGGACCUGAAUGCGGCUCUCAUUAAGAAAGCUGAAUUCGAGCAGGCGCAGGGGGCGUCAGCAGUACCAUCCCCCUUGAUUGAUCCGGGUUCCACUUUAUCAUAUGUUUGUAUGCCUAUUCCUGAUAUGCCCAACAUUCCGAGGGAAGAUUUAGACAACCCGGUAAUUGUGUCCAACCCAUUGGGACACAGUCUACGACUCACCCAUGUGUAUCACGAUUGCCCAUUAGUGGUCCAGGGAAAGACCUUCCCUGCAAGUCUCAUUGAGCUUCCACAUCGUGAGUUUGACGUCAUUCUAGGCAUGGACUGGCUCACUGCCAACCAAGCCGUUGUCGACUGUGGAGCGCAUACGGUUCGGCUGAGAGCCGAAGACGGUAGUGAUGUACUGAUCCGUGGUGAGCUUCUUCCGAAAGCUCCAAAAUUCAUUUCCUACCUCCAUGCUCGCCGACUCAUUCGAAAGAAGUGUGAAGCAUUCUUGUGCACAGUGCGUGACACUCGUCAGGAGGCGCCUAGUAGGGGGGACAUCCCUACGCCUACAUUACAGCAGCAGAUAGCCUCCGCCCAGAGCAGCGAUGACUUCUGUAUUCAGACCAUUGAGCUCGUCUCUCGAGGAGAGAAGCCGGAUUUUGCAGUUCGGGAUGAGGAUCCGGUUGAGAUUCUGGCUCGCGAGGUCCGUCAGUUGAGGAACAAAACCAUUCCACUGGUCAAGGUUCUGUGGAGAAGUCACACCGUCGAGGAGGCGAUAUGGGAAACCGAAGAAUCCAUGCGCACUCGUUAUCCACAUCUUUUCAGUGACAGUGAUCAGGACCGGAUUUCUCGGAAAUCGGAUUUCUCGGAAAUUGGAUUUCUCGGGAGUUGGAUUUCUCAGAAACCGGAAUCCUCGGAAAUUGGAUUUCUUGGAAAAUGGAUUUCUCAGAAAAACCGGAUUUCUCGGAAAUCGGAUUUCUCGGAAAUUGGAUUUCUCGGAAAUUGGAUUUCUCAGAAACUGGAUUUCUCAUUCACUCCUCAGCUUUUUGCUGAGCGUGUAGUUGUUUUUGCUACACGCAGGAGUGUCCGUUUUCAGCGUGCGAGCACUUUCCGGAAAGGUCUCAACGAGACGCACAUGGGCGCGAUGAGUCUGAGACCCAUCGGGACUCAGUUUUGACCUC